AGGGAACGAUAUUAUUAUACAAUUUUGGCGAUCCUAUGAUGCAAGCAGGGGUGCCAUCAAAGUGGAUCUUGCGCUCGGCAUCACCUUUAUCAACAUUGCUCUUACCCUCCCCAUGAUAACGGUCAUCCGUAGCAGUUACUAUUGCCCCAGGCAGUACGAAAGGAGUAGUUAUCCAUGGCGGGGCGUGUUCGGCGUUGUCAUCAUCGAGCAGCCAUCCGCAAAGUUGUCAUAUUUGCAGUGGCGGUUGGUGCUAUUUUCGCUGGAAGCGUGGCCUUUGUAUCUGUUGUUUGCAGGGCGAGCGCUCGCGUGCGAAUGCCUUCGAGGAGGCCCUCAGCAGAAGCAGGAGCGCGCUACCUCCACGGCAGUCGGAUGAUGAGAGGCUCGACGCCUGAGGGCAGUCUUGCAGCUGAGGAUGCUGGAGGCGCGCGAAGGAACGUGGUGGUCGGUGCCCUUGCAGUGGUCGCCGUUUGGACUCUUCUGCAAGACUCGUCUCAUAGACGGAGGCAUGGACGUAUUCUCUCCACCAGCGGGCUCGUUGAGGGGACGUACAGUUGUCAUCACAGGGGGCAACACCGGUUUAGGAUUCGAGUCAGCCGUGCGGCUGGCAAGGGCAGGGGCGACCGUUGUGAUCACAGCAAGGACAGCAGAGAAGGGUGUGAAGGCCGUGGAGCAGAUCAAACUGGCAUCUGGCAGCAGCGAUGUGCACCAGGUACAGCUAGAUUUGGCAGACUUGGCUAACAUUAAAUCCUUCCCUGGGAGAUAUGAAGCUCUGCCAGUCGGUACGAAGAUUGACGUCUUGAUGAACAAUGCUGGUGUCAUGGCGAUACCGCAGCGCCAGGAGACAAAAAAUGGUUUUGAGCAGCAGUUUGGCAUCAACCACUUGGGCCAUUUCGCCUUGGUGUCAAGCGUCCUGCCCUUGCUGAAGAAAAGCGAAUACGCAAGGGUAAUCAACGUCUCAAGCACAGCAUCUCUUCCGGCAACCCGGGAACUCAUGGAAGGUGACAUCAUGGCACCAGAGAACUACACGCAAUGGGGAGCGUACGUGCAGUCGAAAUUUGCAAAUGUGAUAUUUGCCAAGGAGUUGGACCGAAGAUUCAAGGCUGCAGGAGUGAAUGCCACCGCUGUAUCUCUCCAUCCAGGAGCAGUGGACACCGACCUUGGCCGAUGGAUGGUCGGUAACAGUGACGAUCCACGGAUCACGAAAAGCAUUCAGGAGAGCAACCCUGUGCUGAAAGCUCUGACAUCGGUUACUCGUCCAGUUGACCUCGGCGCAAAUACUCAAGUCUACCUUGCUGCUGGUGCAGAUGGAGGUUACGACAAAAGCGGGGGCUUGUACUUCGAUAACAUGGCACCCGCUGAAGGAAAUAGCCUGGCAAACGAUGAGGCUCUUGCCCAAAAGAUCUGGUUGGACUCUGAGAGGUUGACUGGUGUGAAGAUAGACUUGUGAUACGAUUCAACCCGGCAGUAUCUGCAAUUGAGGAAAAUCACCAUCAUCAUAUCAAAUUGAUGAGUUGAUCGCCUGCGUUGGAACACGGCAUUCGCCUCGGUUGGCUUUCAUGUUCCUGUUUAGCAUUGGUAGAUUAUUGCAUUUCACGCGCCUUAAGGGCUCUUCCUGUCUUGCUUCAGCAGGUUCGUCACCACUACAGGCGUCAUGGUGCCAUGGGACGGUCGUACUCCCGUGUCCUUCCCGUGAGUUUCGCGUGCAUUUCCCGUGCGUGCACGGUCGCUUCCAGGGCACCUCGCGCGCAUCGCGUGGUAAGCGUUGACUCCAAGCCGUCACGCUGGCGGCCAGCAGCCGCUGUAAGCGACCGACUUGGCCCCCGUCAGCGGCACCCAUCGACGAUGUUCGCCGUUCCUCCUCCCAGCAGGAGACGUGGGAGGAGA